AUGACCAAUGCACAAAAUGAACUAAAUUAUUUUACACAUGAUAUUUCAGAACCAGGGUUUGAACAAGUAAUGGAAAAUUAUUCGAAUUUAAUUGAAUAUGAAGAUGAUAUGUUCAAUGAUAAUAUUGAAGAAUAUAAUGGAGAUUAUAUUUCUGAUGAAGAUGAUUUAGAUGAAAUUAUACAAUUAGAUUGUGAAAAUUUGGAUGCUAAUGAAAUAAUAGAUUUUAAUAUCUUUACACAAAAACCAGCAAAUGAAAUAAAUUAUAAUAAUGAUAUAGAAGCUGAGGGUGAACUUGAUUAUGAUAUUAAUGAAGUUAUCAACGCAACUAUAAAUAAUGCAAAAUAA